AAAUAAAACGUUUUUAUUCCAUGAAUUGUUCUUCCAAGAUAUUAUAGGUUAAAAUUGAUUCUAGCUCUCCGUCUCUCGUGUAAACACAAAAAUUGUAUGAACGCAAUCCUCUCAUUCGUCUCCGGCACUUUGUAAAUCGAAAACAAUCAAGAUGGUGAGUUUUUAUCCGGUUUAAUCCCGUUUGUUUUUAAUAAUUGUUUUAAAAUUGUUUAAAUAAUAUUAACCAUAGUUGAUUGUUACACGAAAUAUAUAUCAACAUUUUAUUUUAAUUUAUUAUUUUUUUUUCUGGGUAGACAAAAGUCAAGUGCUCAGACUUGCGUCUCAAAGACAAGGAUUCAUUGUUAAAACAACUCGAGGAGUUAAAGCAGGAAUUGGCCAACUUAAGAGUUUCCAAAGUUACUGGAGGAACAGCAUCUAAAUUAUCUCGCAUGUAAGCUUACUAUUUUAUACUUUAAUGUUGCAUUCAAAUAUGUAGUGUUCAUAAUAAAACCCUCAAUGACAAUAUGCAAAUUGCAUGGUAAAUGUAACAAAUUCAUUCUUUAUUUGCUAUUAAUUGUUAAGUUCUUAAGGCUGAAAUGAAAAAUUACACUUAAUGAAAUAUCUCAAAUAUAUUUCUAAUAAACGUUUAAUGGUAUUAAGUAUAAUAUUAAUCAUUUCCAUUUCUAUAUAAGUAAUUUAAAACAUUUCAUACAUCUGUCCAAAAAAUAUUCUACCUUUAUGAAUCAAUUUUUAUACAACAGGCUGUCUACUGUAUUAUAUAAAUCUGUAUACUGCAUAAAUAUCUCUAUAUGUAUGUAGGUUUUCUGAUUAAAUAUUAAUUUCAGUUAAGUAUUUGAAAGUAUAAAUAUAAUGGACAUCAUGCACUAUCAUAGAUAUUUAUUAGUGAUUGGAACAAUUGAGAGAAAAUAAUCAAGUAACUUGAUUAUUUGAAUUUUUCGACUAUCAUUAAUUGCUAUUUUAUAUUAACUAGUUUCAGUAGUUGAUAGUUACUUGGAGAAUUAUCAGUAAUCAUUCUUAUUUCUUUUUACUAUUCUACUAAUGACUAAUAUUGCCUAUUAUAUUACUAUCUGAUCACCGCGAAUGAUGCAGGUGUAUGAAAACAUUCAAUACAGUGACAUAGCUAUCUGCACGAUAAGGAUAUUCUUAUCUCGUGCAAAGUAUAUACAAUAUUUUAUGAAUCUAAAUAAAAAUAACCUAAAUAUUCUGUUAGUUUAAUCAUUCUAGUCUUAAAAUCAAAUAAAUGGUUGCUAAUUUCUAUUGUUUCUAUUCUAAUUUUGAUCACACACAUAUUUCAUAAUAUAAUAUUUAACUUUAAUGUAAUAGGUACAUAUUAUUUGUAUCAUUCAUUUCAUUCAUUGAAAUCAUCCACGUAUAAAACAUGACAUAUCGUAAAUCAUUGUAAUGAUAAUUUUUAUCCAUAUUACAACAAAAAGGAAAUAAUGAAAUCUUUGGUGCCAUGCAUUUUCCCUAUUUACAUACUUCCCCAAAACCGCUUGGAAAAUUAAAAAUAGCCUUUUUUAAGUACCAUAUGAUUCCAAAAUGCAAUGUUUUUUUGUCCAUUUCUGGUAGACAUUUUUGUAAUAUUGAGCUAUGCUCAGAAUCUGAAAUAGUAUGAAUUAUAUAUUCAGUGAUUGUUAUUUACUCAAUUAAGUACAUUAAGUAAAUCACUUAAUUAAUUUAAUUUAGUGGUUCAUUUAUUAAUUACUAAUUAUUCAAUUAUUCCCAUCACUAAUAUUUAUAAUACUUGAAUAGACUCGCUUUCUUAAUCAAUUAUUCUCAAAUCAACAGUCGUGCAAAAAAAUGAAGACACUAGUAUUCAAAUAAAUAACUAUAUUAGUGUGUUAAAGUAAAAAUAAUUAUUAUUUGUAUGUGCAUACAUUAUGCUAACUGUUACGUAAAACUUCAUUCGUGUAGCACAGGGUUGUUAAAAAAAAAAAAAAAUGGUAUUUUAUUUAUUUAAUACUAAUAGCACCAAAAGAUAUUAUUUACAGACAUUUAUUUUAUAAACAUGUGUAUACUCUGGCCCUCGAGUGAAUAGCUAGAAAAUUGUGUUUAUCGUUGCGAAUUGGUUCAUUUUGGCUUAUGAUGGAAGAAAAUGAGUCACGCUCAUGAACAGGAUGUGCAAGUUACAGUUAUUCCCUUGUUGGUCAGAGUACCUAUAAUAAUUAGAACAUUUUACUGAACUAAUAUGUAGAUAAUGUUUAGUUUGACACCACUAACUAAUUAUGACUUUUAUAGUUAUAAGUAUAACUAGAAGUCGCAAUCCAGUCAUAUGUCUGAUGCUAAGUGGGUAAUGAACACGUUUUGGUAUUUUACAUUUUUUAUAAAAAUUGAACUAUCAUUUUUCUCCAUUUCUUAAUACUUAGUUGAUUAAUUUCUUAGAUAUUAUAAUAAUACUAAUUUUUAGCUUGAAUCUAAUUGUAGUUGAAACUAGUAGUAGAAAGAUUAAAAAUGUUAACUGAAUAAUAUUUUGGUUAUCAUUGUGAUAUUUGAUAGUCUAAUUGCUACCUUAAAUGUGACAAUUUCUUUGACAGUGUGUCCAAUAUCUUAUACAAUUUUUUGAAAAUGAAGCGAAUAAUUCUGUUUUAAAUGGCCAAAAAAACCAUAUUUGAAACAAAUUCUAUUGAACACUUCCAAUCUUGAUGUGAAAUUUGAUAAUGUUUUGAAAACUUAACAAUAACAAAUAAAGAAUGCAUAGGUACUUUUAAAAAUAUACAAUAUAAUUUUUGAAAUAACUAACAAAAUUGUGUUGACACAAUAUUAUACUUAUGGACAAGAUGAUUUAUUUAGGUAGGUACGCUCAUUAUCUUGAAAAGUACUAAUUUUGUUUUUCAAUUUUACAUCUAUAUUAUUUUUGGGGGUAAAAUCACUACUUACUUUUUAUUUUUAAAUAACAACCUAUAUUAAAAAUGUCAUAAAUAGAUGUUUAAUAAUUAAAAUAAAUAUUAGUUUUGAAAUAUUUGAUUUUCGUCAAUCCGUUGGCGAGAUAGAUGUUCUACUUUUAAGUUUAGGUAGAGGGAGAGUAGUAGUGCAUUGUAACAUGCUUCAUGCCACAUAAAAUGAUAUUCCACUAUUCUCCUCCCAACAAAUACAUAAAAGUAGAAUAUCUCGUCAACAGAUUGUCCGAAAUGAAAAUUGUCAACACAAAAAUUUUAUUUUAAAUAAUACAUCAUCUAUUUUUAGUAUAGGUUGCUAUUUGAAAAUUUAAAGUAAGUAAUGUUUUUACUCAAACAUAAGGAUGGCCAAAAAAUACAUAUAGACUUGCUUGUUUCUUAAAUGUCUUAUAAACAAAUGUAAUACUUUCCAAGGUAAUAAGUAUACCCACUUAAUAAAUGGAUCACUGUAUAGAUUCAUAGUAAAACACUGCAAUGUAAAUAAAUAUUCUGACCUAUAGGUGGUAUUGUUUUAUAAUCUUUUGAGGUAAAACUUAGAUAAUACAAUUUAAAACAACAUAUUUUAUUUUAUAGCCGUGUUGUCCGUAAAGCAAUUCUCCGUUGUUAUGUUGUUAUUCAUCAAAAACAGAAAGACGCAUUGAGAAAAAUUUUUAAGGUAUGUUAAAUUACACAAUUAUUAUUGUAAUUUCUUUAUAAAAAAUAAUUAAAAUUUUUGUAUUUGAUGUCAAAAAUGAUUGCUAUGAAAAUAUUGAACUAGUGCAGGUCUAAUGCACAUUAAUUGGCUAUAAAUCAAAAACUAUUAAAUCAUUAAAACUACAUAUAAACGCUUUAUACUUACUUUUUUACUCAGACUUUGCUAAUCUUGAAUUCUCUUCUAAAUUAAAUAACAUAUUAUAAUUAAAACUUUUAGGUAAUAUUAUGGGCAAUUAUUAUUAUGCUAUGCUAAAUUUUAACUGUCAGUUAAAUUAAUGUAUAGAAAUGUGUACCUCACAAAGACCUAAAUGUGCAAGUUAAUUAAUCAUCUUAACAUUUAUUAUUAUAUCACUUUAUCAAGGUUACUCCAACUUUUUCCUGUGUAAAAUAAUUUCAAAUGAUGUAAUAAAGUCUUUUUUAACGAUUUUCAUUAUUUCUAACAAUAUUAAUAAUAUUAACUAUUAUCAUAAAAACUAAACUGUUCUAACUAAGUUAGUCAUAGGCUUGACACGUUUUCCUCUUAAGACUUAAUUGAAGAAGAACCGGUAUCUAGUUGAUUAUUGUAUAUAGUUACCUUUUUCCUGAAGCACAAGCAAGACUUACAUGCUUCAGCAAUAACUUCAUGAGGCAGAAAAAAUGACAAAGUUCUAGCUGAACUUAAUCACCUGCCGUUCUUUUGAAAUAAUUAUUAACAUGAAAUAUUAUUUUCUUCAUUUUAAAAUGUGUCUUUUUAAAAAUAUUAAAAAAAACUAUUGAAGUAAUUAUAAGAGUACUAUAAACAUUCAAACUUAAAAAGCUUGCACUACACAAACCAACAAUAAGCAUAUUUUGCAAAAUAGGAUUUACAAAAAAAUUAAUUUAAUUAUUUUUUAAUAAAACUAUAUAUCCUAAGUAUAUUAAUGUUAGUUUAUUUCUUAUACAAUAAUUAUGUAUGUGUGGUAAAAAAGGAGUUGGAAUUUUAAUAAAUCACUUGUUCAUUAAAAUUUUUCCUGAAUUUAAUUUAUUUGUUCUUUUUAUUAGAAUUUUAUUUUAAAAAUCCAAAACUAAAGUACUUAAAAUAGAUUUAUUAGUUUUAGUAUUUUUACCAAGAACUAAAACUGUUACUUUAUUUUAUUUUAGUCUACUUUUAGACCUUUUGUAUACAUCUGAAAUUUAGUUAUAUUUAUAAAUACUUAACAACUAAAAUAAAAUAAAUUUAAGAAACAUUGUUGUUGGAUUUCCUCCUAUGCCAAGACUUGGGCCUUAACUUGGGGCGUGUGUUUCCCUAGACAGGCAUGGACAUUUUUAAAACCCCCACGUAACACAUACAUAUUUUAUAUUGAUGAACUAAUCUCAUGGAAUAGUUAUAGUUUAAAAGGUAGCCUAAAUCUCAACCUUUAUCAUAGACCAUUGCUGUAGGUAAGAUUUUUAGCGUUUUAACUAAUUUGAAUAUUAACAUUAUGUAUAAUAAAUAUAUAUAAUAAUUUUUCUAAUUACUUUUUUUUCCUUUUAGGGUCGUAAGUACAAGCCUUUGGAUUUGAGGCCAAAACUUACUCGGGCCAAAAGACGUGCAUUAACAAAAAAGGAACUUAGUAUUAAGACCGUGAAAGAAAUUAAGAAAAAGAACAAGUUCCCCCCUAGGAUGUAUGCUGUAAAAGCUUAAGUUCUGUUUUAUUGACUUUAAAUAUUAAUUAAAAAUAAAAAUAAUAAAAUUCUUGUUUGUAUUUAUUUAUAC